UGCCAAAUUUCCGCCUACGCAGUUCGCGCCAAAAAUAGAAACCCACACGGUUACGAGAAACAGCUUCGAACUUUACGCGUGGACUCAUUCAACUGAAAAUAAGCUGAAAAUGCGUGAAAUUGUGCAUUUGCAGGCGGGGCAAUGUGGCAAUCAGAUAGGAUCGAAGUUUUGGGAAAUAAUAUCAGACGAACACGGCAUCGACCCGAAGGGGCACUACAUCGGGGACAGCGACCAGCAGCUGGAGAGGAUACAAGUUUACUACAAUGAGGCUUCGGACGGCAAGCGCUUCGUCCCGCGCGCGGUGCUGGUGGACCUGGAGCCGGGCACGAUGGACGCGAUCCGCUCCUCCGCGUACGGGAACCUGUUCCGACCGGACAACUUCGUGUUCGGACAGAGCGGCGCUGGCAACAACUGGGCUAAGGGCCACUACACUGAGGGCGCCGAGCUGAUUGAAUCAGUUAUGGACGUCGUCAGGAAGGAGUCUGAGGCUUGCGACUGUCUUCAGGGCUUCCAGCUAACCCACUCGCUGGGCGGCGGCACGGGCUCGGGGCUCGGCACGCUGCUGCUGGGCAAGCUGCGCGAGGAGUACCCCGACCGGAUCGUGAACACGUUCAGUGUUAUGCCUUCGCCUAAGGUAUCCGACACAGUAGUGGAGCCCUACAACGCCACACUCUCCGUGCACCAGCUCGUAGAGAACACGGACGAGACGUUCUGCAUCGACAACGAGGCGCUGUACGACAUCUGCUUCCGGACGCUGCGGCUCAGCUCGCCUACUUACGGGGAUUUGAAUCAUUUGGUUUCUCUCACAAUGUCCGGAGUGACCACGUGUCUGCGCUUCCCGGGUCAGUUGAACGCUGAUCUAAGGAAACUCGCCGUCAACAUGGUGCCUUUCCCGAGAUUGCACUUCUUUAUGCCAGGUUUUGCCCCACUAACAGCUCGCAACAGUCAAGCUUACAGAGCUCUCACGGUUCCCGAAUUAACGCAACAGAUGUUCAGCCCCGUGAACAUGAUGGCGGCGUGCGACCCGCGGCACGGCCGCUACCUCACCGUGGCCGCCAUCUUCCGCGGACGCAUGAGCAUGAAGGAGGUGGAUGAACAGAUGCUGUCUAUACAGGACCAUAACUCCAGUUACUUCGUGGAAUGGAUCCCCAACAACGUCAAGGUGGCGGUGUGUGACGUGCCGCCGCGCGGGCUCAAGAUGGCCGCCACGUUCGUCGGCAAUACCACCGCCAUACAGGAGAUCUUCAAGCGCAUCUCCGAACAGUUCGUCGUCAUGUUCCGGAGAAAGGCGUUCCUGCACUGGUACACGGGCGAGGGCAUGGACGAGCUCGAGUUCACGGAGGCCGAGAGCAACAUGAACGACCUCAUCUCCGAGUAUCAGCAGUACGAGGUAUGA